AUGGAAGGUCAUAAGUACAAUUAUCCAAGGGAAUUUUAUGACCAAUAUGCUCAAAGUCAAGAAAAAUCUGUGGUCAAUAAAAUGCAACAAAAAUACUGGAAAACAAAGCAAACCCUUAUAAAAGUUACAGGAAAAAAAGAAGAUGAACAUGUUGUGGCUUCAGAUGCAGAUCUGGAUGCAAAACUUGAGCUGUUCCAUUCUAUUCAGAGAACGUGUAUGGAGCUGCUGAAAGCAAUUGAACUGUAUCAAAAACGGAUUUGUUUUCUUUCUCAGGAAGAAAAUGAAUUGGGGAAGUUUCUUCGAUUGCAGGGCUCUCAGGAUAAAACGAGAGCAGGAAAAAUGAUGCAAGCCACAGGAAAGGCCCUCUGCUUUUCUUCUCAGCAAAGAUUAGCACUGCGUACUCCUUUAAGUAGAUUAUACCAAGAAGUGGAGACUUUCAGAUACAGGGCUAUAUCAGACACUUCUCUGACAGUAAACCGAAUGGAACAAUAUCGGACUGAAUAUAGAGGAGCUCUACUCUGGAUGAAGGAUGUGUCUCAGGAGCUGGAUCCAGAUCUUUAUAAGCAGAUGGAAAAGUUCAGGAAGGUUCAAGCUCAAGUGCGACAUGCAAAACUCAACUUUGACAAACUGAAAACUGAUGUCUGUCAAAAAGUGGAUCUCUUGGGAGCGAGCAGAUGCAACCUCCUUUCUCAUGUGUUAACAACAUAUCAGAUAACCCUUCUUCAUUUUUGGGAAAAAACUUCACACACAAUGGCAGCCAUCCAUGAAAGUUUCAAAGGUUACCAGCCAUAUGAAUUCACUAUGUUAAAGAGUUUACAAGAUCCUGUGAAUAAACUAACAGAAAAAGCAGAAAAGGAGGACCUGCAGAUUGAGAGCACUAAAUCAGUACAAGAUCAGCAGAGUCAGUUGAUUUCAUUAGAUGACGAGAGCCAUACCAAGGAAUCAAACUAUUCAGCUGACGAUGGCAAGGAUGUCACAUCUACGUUACAAGGAAAUUGUAACCACAAGCAGAACUCAGGUGCCAUAGAUGACUUACUAGACCUGCAACCUGAAGAAAAUGCUUCAAAGAAUCAGUUUGUGAGGUCCUUGGAGUCAGAACCUGGUGAUAACAUGGUGUUACUGAAUGAGAUCCUCAACGCAUCCUCCCCAGACGAUGGGGAGUUCAGCAAAGAGUGGACAGCUGUUUUUGGACAGGUUGCACUUGCUGAUCUCACCAUGAACUCUUCAGCUGGAGAUAUGGAGAGCACUUCAUCAUCUGUGGCACCAACACCAUCAGGCUACUUGCCCUCACAGCUGUUAGACCAAAACAUGAAUGACUUGCAGUCAUCUUUACAUGGAUGGGCAGCUAACAGUGUGAGCCCACCGUCUAUACCGCAACCAGCACAGAAACCAAACAGCCUGAAUGUGAACACUAACAAGACGCCUUUGAAAGAACCUACAAAGAAUCCUAAAGACUUGACUGCCUGGUUCAGUCUCUUUGCUGAUCUUGACCCGUUAUCCAAUCCUGAUGCUGUUGGGAAAACUGAUAAGGAACAUGAAUUGCUUAAUGCAUGA